AUGUAGAUUAGAUGCACUUAAGUUGAUCAUCAAAAUCAAUAUAUAACAGGCUUUUGCAUAGACAACACAUGUCCAAAUUAAAGACCUUAUUGUCAUUUUUGCUUGCCUAGCCAUGUUUAACAUAUUAAUAAGUUAACAUCUUAAGAAUUGUUAUCUGGAUGGAUUAAGGAAAAAAGUCUUAUAAUUCAAAAUGUAUAAAAGAAUAUUUAAGAAUGUGAAAUUGCCCUUAAUAGUCUUAUAAAUGUGAUUCUUCCUUAUAAUAAUUUUAAUAUUUAAUAAUUACCAGAUUUAGGAUUAUCACAAAUUGAUUUAUUUAUAAAAGGUUUAUGUUUAAUGGGAGAAUGCGAUGAAAAAUUAUUUAAACAACUUAUACAAUCAAUUGAAUAAACUAAAUCAAUUGUAAAUGAAAUACUAAAAAAAAUAAAGAAUCAAAAAAUUAUAAAGUAAAAUGAUAAUUUAUAAAUUCCGCAAUGUAUUGUAAAUUAAUCAUUUAGAAUAACCGAAGAAUCUCAGUAUAUUAGAACCAAAUCUGAACCCAUUCGCCUUUGAUCUCAUGAAAGAAUGUUCUAUUAAAUAAGAUGAAUGGUGUAGUGCUAUUGCAUUUAAUAAAGAUUAAUCAAUCGUGGUAGCUGGAUGUAAAAAUGAUAUUAAUGUAUUUCAACAUUUAUAAGGGAAACUGAAUUAAAUAUAAUAGUUAAGUGAACAUACUAAUUAUGUAUAUACUUUAAAUUUCAUGAAAAAUACAAAUAAUUUCGUAUCUGGAAGUUUUGAUAGUUCAAUUAUAAUAUGGUAGUUGAUUGAAAAUAAUUAAUGGAAAUGUUAAUAAAAAUUGAAUGGACAUUCAGAUUCUAUAUAUUGUUUAUAAAUAAAUAAUACUGAUGAUCUAAUUAUAUCAGGUAGCGUAGAUGAAACUAUAAAAUUUUGGAUGAAAUAGGAUUAAUGGUUGUGUUAAUAAACCAUAACUGAUCAUACUAAUAUUGUUUAUUCAUUAAGCUUAAAUGAACAAUAAAAUAGAUUGAUAUCUUGUUCAGAUGAUUCAUAAAUAUUAGUAAUAGCAUAGUAAAUGUUGGAUAAAAAAUGGAGUGUUACAUAAAGGAUAAAAGUUGAUUAAUGGGGAUAUAAAUUAUGUUUUAUUGAUGAUAAUCAGUUUACAUUCUAACCAUAUUGUAAAGAAUAAAUGGAUAUAUAUGAGAUGGAUAGUAAUACUAAAUAGUAUAGGAAGACUAAGGAAAUUGCUGUAAAGUUUGGUUCGGGUAUUGAUAAUUGGUAAUUUCCAUAAUAAUACUUAAAGUCAAAAGGACUCCUAGUAAAUAAGAAUGGUUAUUAUGUUAAUUUAAUAAAGAAGAAAUAAAAUGGGGAGUUUAUAAUUUAACAAUCCAUUGAGUUUAAUACUUAUAUCAAAAGAAAUAUAAAUAAGAAAGUGUAGAGAAUUAUGAA